GCAUUGACCAUGUCGUUAAGACGCCCUUCGGGGUGCGAAGACUGGCCUAUGGUGACUUCACGGCGUCAGGAAGAUCUUUGAGAUGGAUCGAGGACUUCGUCAAAGACCGCGUACUUCCUGUUUAUGGCAAUACGCAUACCCUGUCGACGGCGACGGCACGACAGUCCACCUUUUUUCGAAACGAAGCCCGGCAAAUCGUGAAGCAUUAUCUCAAUGCAACACAUGAGGAUGCCCUGAUCUUCUGCGGAGCUGGAACAACAGGAGCCGUGCAGAAGUUCGUGAGCAUCAUGUGCCGCGCUAACUGGCUACCAGCUUUUCAGGAGACAGCAGCUCCCAGCGAGGGCGCUGACGUUUCAGAUGGCCACUUGAAGGAGGAUCGUUGGGGCAGCUUCGAAUGCACCCUGUGCGGAGUUCGCCUCAAGACGGAAGCAAUGUACCGUGCGCACCAGAGCGGCGAGAUGCACCAAGCCAAGCUGCGAGAAGUGCAGCCAAAGAAUCCCUUUGAAGGCACUCGCCGCCUCGUCGUGUUCUGCGAUGCGCUGGCGCACCACUCCUCGCUCCUACCCUUCCGGGAGCUGACCAAGCGUUAUGUCCACGUGAGCACAGAGCCGUUGUUUGCCGACUCCAUGUGGAGCAGAGGCAAGACCUCAGACAGCAACGUGGAGCUGGAGGUUUGCACCCUGCCGCUGGACAGCCGCACGGGGCUCUUGGAUGAGAAGGAGCUCCUGGAGCGAUUGGUGAAGGUGCAGUCCACGAAGGGGGCCGCCUCGAUUUGUGUGCUGUCUGCAGCCUCCAACGUUACUGGGCUGCUGGCAGACGUGCCGGGACUGACGAGCCGAAUCCACCAACACGGUGGGAUCGCUUGUUGGGACUUUGCAGCGACUGCUGGCCACCUGCGGCCGGACUUGAACCCGCCGGCUUGGCCCGAUGCCUCGGUGGACGUCGCUUUCUUCUCGCCGCACAAGCUGCUGGGAGGCCCUGGCUCCGUGGGCCUGCUCCAGGUGAAGAAGAGGCUCCUGCGAAAUGCGGUGCCGGCAGUCCCUGGUGGUGGUGUUGUGUUCUUCGUGGACCAGCAAGGCCACUCUUACAUUCAGAACGCGGAAGAUCGCGAAGAAGCCGGCACCCCUGACAUUGUUGGCUGCAUCCGUACAGGCUUGGUGUAUCACUUGCACACGCUGCUCCCCGAGCAGAUGAUAGAGGUAGAGCACCGCGGCCUCCGCGUGUUGUUGGACAGAUGGGCAUUGCAGCCACGUAUUGAGGUGCUGGGCAAGAUGGAGACUGGACAGAACCGCGCAGCUAUCGUGUCGUUCAUGAUCCGCUACGGGAACAAGCCGAGUGGCGGGUUGUAUCUGCACUACAACUACGUGGUGGCCUUGUUGAACGAUCUCUUCGGCAUCCAGGCUCGAGGAGGCUGUGCCUGUGCCGGGCCCUACGGCCAAAAGCUGCUGGGCAUCGACGCAGACUUGGCACGAAGCUUCGACGAGGCGCUGCUCCGGUCCGCCCAGGAAGUGCUUCGACCAGGCUUCGUUCGACUGGGCGUUCACUUCACAAUGUCAGAGAAGGACGUGGAGCUCCUAGCCUCCGCAGUGGAGUGGAUAGCAACGAACGGCUGGCGGCUGCUGCCAGCAUACAGCUUCUGCGUUGAGACGGGCGAGUGGUACCACCGUUUGGCCACCCCACAGCAGGACCGGGAGUGGCUCUCCAGCUUGGUGCCCCCAGUGCUGCAAAGCAGCCCCUUGCGAGAGCUUGAAUCCAGCUUGGGCCGUGCGAAGGACAGCGCUCCGCCCGAAGAUGUGCUGGCAGCUGCUGAUGCUGCCUUGGCGACAACAUUCAAAGGUGAGAAUCCAAUCCCACUGUCCUCUACCAAAUGUCCGCUCCUGGAUGCCGAGUAUGCCCACCUGACCUGGUUCGCCCUGCCCACGGAUGCUGCUGCCGCGCUGAGAAGCGAUGUGCCGCCGCUCCUAGAUGCAGAGGGCGCCGUGUUCACUGCGGCGAAGGUGGUGGAGCGUCCGAAUUCCUCUGCGUUUGCAGUGGUGGCCGAAGCCACUGCCGAGUCGACCUCGGCCGGGUCGGAGCCAGGUGAAGGUUCUGCAUCGCCGCCAGAUGCUGACGAAGAUAUCGUGGCCUUCGAGUUCGGGUGCGACGAGGAUGAUGGCAGCAUUGCUUUGGCUGACGGAGCUUGCCCGACUCCAUCGUAUCCAAGCACUGCUCUGGCCCCGAAAGUGCCGAAAUCGCUCCGCAGCCAAGUCGCUGGGGGCAUCAAGGAGUAUGACAUGAUCCGAGAAGGCGAUCGUCUCCUCGUGGGGCUUUCUGGUGGCAAGGACAGCCUGACCAUGCUCCAUGUCUUGCUGGAGCUGCAGCGGCGAUCUCCUGUAAAAUUUCAGGUUGCUGCGGCAACCGUAAAUCCCGAAACGCCCGAGUUCUCACCGCAGCCUCUCAUCGAUUACAUGAAAGCCCUUGGUGUCACCUAUCACUUCCUCUCCAAACCGUUGAUCGAGAUGGCGAAGUGUCACCUUGACCCGAAGAAGCCUUCCAUCUGUUCCUUUUGCGCACGGAUGAAGCGCGGUAUGUUGUACACUUGCAUGCGUGAGAACGGCUACAAUGUUCUUUGUCUGGGGCAGCACCUAGAUGACUUCGCCGAGUCCUUUCUGAUGUCGGCUUUUCGGAACGGCUCCCUCAGGACCAUGAAGGCGAACUAUGCUGUGGCAGCGAAAGACCUGCGCGUUUGCCGACCGUUGGUGCACGUGCGAGAGAAGACACUUGCCCAGUUCGCCAAAGACAACAGGCUGCCGGUGAUCGCGGAUAACUGUCCAGCUUGCUUCGCUGCACCGAAAGAGCGUCACCGCAUCAAGUUGAUGCUGUCGCAGCAGGAGUUCGAGCACCCGGAUCUUUUCUGGUCCUUGAGCUCCUGCAUGAAGCCUCUGAUGUCGAUCUCGCAGACAGAGAAAAGCAUGGACUGGUGGCGGCAGGUCCUGGCCGCAGACGAGGAUGAAGACGAUGCAGCGCCGCUUUCUGAGGUGAAGCCUGCGGAGGGAGACAGACAGGAAGCCUGUGCGGACAGCGCCAGCCCAUCCCGAGCGGAUCAGGGGGCACGGCCACACCCUGGAAAGCUGGCAGCGGUCGCUUGCGCAUCCGCUCUCUCGGGAGCCUUGGUGAUGUGGCUUGCAGUCCGGCCAAGAAGUUGCAAGGAGUUCAGCGAGUUCAUCGAUCGGAAAAGGGCGCUUACGGAGCUCCGCAUCGCUCAUCAGGUCCGGUGCAAGCAGCAAAAGCAGCACCUCUACCGGGGAGUAUCGCAGGACACAUAUCAUCCAGCUCUGAGCAAAUCGGAAAUGCGUGGCUCGGACAACUCGCUCGCCCUGGCUCGUCGGCUUCUCCGAGGUUGGAUGGUGUUGAUGCAGCAGGUUGCUCAGCAGAUCUUCGUUUGCAUUAUCCUUGAAAUUAUCCUCGAUAUCAUCUUCAUGGCCUGA